AUGAAUUCGGUCAGAAAACGUCCAAGAGAUUCAUACGAUCAAACAGAUUUACAAACACAUACAGCUCGAUUGAACGAACGUAUUAAUAAACAUCAAUUACAUAAUUAUGGAUCAGCUAUUGAUGUCUAUGAUGCUGUUGCACGAACAUUAUUACCUUAUUGGGAGUAUAAUGAACGAUAUAAAAUAAAAAUUUUUAAACAACUACGUCUUGAUACUUCUGGUAUAGCUAAUGUAGCACAUCAUGUUCGUGCUCAAUUACAAACAUUACAUAAUGAUGAAAAAACUUCAACGAUAACUAUAUGUAGUAUUGAUAUAUCAAAUGGAGCAUCAUCCGUAUAUUUAGAAAAUUGUAUUCAUGGUCGAACAUUACAAAUCUUAGCAAAUAUAUUAGGCAUUGAAAUACGUCUUGUUACAUCCUAUGUCUAUGAAGAAAUUAUCUCUGUAAUACCAACAGAUUUAUUAGAAGUUCAACCAUUAUAUAUUGCAUUUAAUGAUGUUUCAAAACAAUUUUUUAUGCUCGAUAAACCAGCAAAUGUUAAACGUGAUGAUUUAUUACAACAUCAACAAACACUUGAUCAUCUUGUUCAAAAAUAUAAUUUAAUUCCAACUAUAAUACCACCAUCGAAUACACGUUGUUUAUCCGUUUUUUUAUGUAUUGCUCAUAUAUUAAAAUCAAGUGCUGUAGAUUUUCUUGAUACAUCCGCUUUAGCUAUACAAAUUCGUGAUGCUACAUAUCAACAGAUAAAAUCAAAUUUUGAUCUCUAUGAAACAUAUAUUCUUCCAACUUUAUCGAAUAAAUCCAAUGAAGUUGAUAUUCGACAUGAUAGUCAAUAUCUUACUGAAUCAAAUUAUUAUCGAUAUCAAUUAGAACGACCCAUAUUAUAUGCACUCGCUCAUGUUCUUCAAUGUAAUCUCAUGAUAUUUUCUUCAGCAUCUUUACAACAACAACCAGAAAUGAUUCAUGCUGAUAUUAAUAAUCGAUCAAAUGCAAAUGAUCAAGUUAUUGUUUUACUUAAAAAUGAAUCAACACAACGUUUUUCAAGUGCACGAACAACAUAUCCAUUAAAUCAUUUAUUUAUGCGAAGAGAAUCUGAACAUCAAUUGGAUCCAGUUUAUGAAUCUAUUGAUCAUUCACCACUAUUUGAUCCAAAAAAUAAAACAUCAUCCAAUACAUUUUUUAGUAAAACAAAAGAUAAAUUUGUAACAGCGGUUAAUAAAUUAGUUGAUAAUUAUGGAAAUUUACCUAAAAAACAAACAUAUAUGAAUACAUCUCAACAACGAUUAACGAAUACAAAUAAUAAUAAUAAUGAACAAACAGUACCAUCAUUAAGUAAUGAUCAUAAACCAUCAGGUACAAAACGUCAAGCUCCAUUAGCUGAACAUAUACUUCGUCGACAAGAAGAAACACGUCAAAUUAAUCAUCAAACAACUGAUGUAACAUAUGAAAAUACAGGAAAUUGUGUGCCGACACCGGUACCAAAUCGAUCAUCAACAUCAUCAUCAAUUACGACUUCAGCUAAAAAUUCUCAACCUUCAUCACCACAUAAACGUCAAUUACGUCCCGUUCCUUACAAAGAUCGACAAAAAACCUUAACAAAAAUGGGCACAACAAAAACAACACUUAAUCAAAAUGUUUUCAAUGGUGUUACGAUUGAAGAUGUUGAUGAAAGUACAACAGCGGAUGAAGCAAAUAAUGAUGAUGAAUAUGAUUCAUUUAGUGACGAAGCUGGAGAAGGUUUACAAACGGUUAUUCUCAGAGAACGAAAAAAAAAACCAAUACUGUCAUCGUCAAAUAAAUUACCACGCGAUUAUCAACCGAAAAAAUCAACACCUUAUCGUUUUGAUCGUGAGUCAUUGAAGCGACAGCAACAAAGUUACACUGCAGCUGAUGAAGAUCUAUAUGAGAAUGAUCGACAACGGGGGGAUGAUCUCAACCAUGAAGAUGAUAUCUAUUUAUCAACAUCAGAUAUUGUCCAACGAGACAGAAAACAACUUCAAUUAUUUGUCAAUGGUCGAACAAAUAAUAAAUCGCAAUCAUCUUCAUCAUCAUCAUCCACACAACAACAGCAACAACAACAACAACACGAUCGUAAAUUAUCAACACCAAAAAUAACUUCAGCAAAUGGAAAUUCAAAUUCAAAUGAUCGUCAAUCAUUCUUAAUUGAUAAAGAUGCUGUACUUGAAGUUCUUGGUCAUAAUAUUGCACAACGUGAUCGACAUAUUCUUAUGAAAGUUCUUAAACAAGAAGAUUUAGUAUCGAAAGAAUGGCAACGUUUACUUUUUUUACUUGAUGAAUAUGUUAAUAAUCCGAAGAAAGAGAAAAAAGAACGUGGUUUAUAUGCAUUAACAUUAAUGGAAAAUCUUGAUCGACUUGGUUAUGAUAUGCUUGAAAUACAAUCAACAGGUGCUAAUCAUUUUAAAGCUAUUGCAAAAUCAAUUCUACUUAUGAUUGAAAUAAAUGAUUGGUUUAGUGAUCAUAUAUGUCGUGUAUUACAUUUAAAUGGACCAACUGAUGUUCGUAUGGUACGUCAUUUAAGAAAAUUAUGUUUACGAGAAUGGUCCAGAAAUGCGGAUGAUUAUCGAACAUUAUAUGCUCAACAUAACAAUAUACAACAACAGCAACAACAACAACUACAACAACAACAAUUACCACCAACACCACAACAACAACAAGCACAGCAACAGCAACAACAACGAACAGCAUUAGAUUUAUCACGUGAAAUGGAACGUUUUCGUUCAGAAGAUUAUUAUCGUCCUGAUAUGUGUACUUUAGUUAAUCAAGCAUUAGCUACAGGACUUGCUAUACCAAUUCAUAUUGUUAGAGCUGUACGUGAACCAAAUAAUCCACUUGAAAUAUUUGUACCAAUGCGUGGUACGGCUCGACCAGGUCUAGCUAUUGUACUUAUUGCAAGUCAUUCAACUACUGGAGAUGGACAUUAUGAUGUAGCAGUUCUUAAAGGACAUCCACAAACAUUACGUAAACAUCGAAAUGUAACAUUUGAUGAUAAACCAGAAGUUCGAUCAUUUGAAACAACUGUGGAUGAACAAUCACAAGCAGCACUUAAAACUAUAGCACUCAAUAAUAGUUCAUCUUUACCACAACAACAAACAUCAUUAAUGAAUCCUGCAUUAAUGGCUGCACAUCAAGCACAAUUUUUUGCUAAUCCAUUUAUGUAUACACCAUUUACAUUUGCACCACCUCAACAACAACAACAGCAACAACAACAACCGCAACAACAAGCUCCAAGUUCACCUUCACUUAUUCGAGGUGCUAAUAAUAAUAUGAAUAAUAAUAAUAAUCAAACAAAGUCGAACAUCACCGGUAAUGCAAAUUCAACAACACCACCUACAUCGAUGAUGUUACAACCACAAAUGCCAUUUCUUCAAAUGCAACAAGCACAACCAACAUUUGUUUAUACUCCACUUAUGCAUACUGCACAACCACCACCAGCAACAAAUACAGCUGCAACGUUCUUUUAUACACCUGCAAACUAUCCUAUGUAA